UAAAAUUGGUGCAUGCACUUAUCCAGUCUGGAGACACCUUAUCGUGUAAAUAUUCCAGCAAGUGUUCAAAUAUGGCCAGAUCCAGGGCUUAUAAAUUGUGGGGACUUUUAGUCCUUUAUUUUCAUUAAGGUUCAUGAACUGGGGUAGUGAAAGAACGGUAUCUGUAGCUCUCUCGAUAAGCGAGUCACUUAUCCAUCACAACCAAUCCUUCUCUUGGUGUGAUAAGAAGGGUGCUGCAAAUUUUCCCGUAAUUUUUACACUACUUUACACAUUUUUUUGGAACUUUCUACGGUUUUUGAGCAUUUUUUGCACAACUUUCUACAAAUUUUCUACGAUUUUUCCACAAUUUUGUAUAAUUCUUCAGCAACCUUCUACAAUUUUUGACCAAUUUCCCUCAAUUUCUAACAAGUUUUCUACAAUUUGCUACAAUUUUUGCACAAUUUUCCCCAAUUUCUCACAAGUUUUUUUUACAAUUUGCUACAAUUUUUGCCCAAUUUUGCACAAGUUUUCCACAAAUUUUUGAGAUCCAAAAUGUCCUCCCUCUUUCGUCGCCCAACUUUCUCCACCUUCGUCGUGCUGAUCUUUCUCCUCCUCACGGAGACUCUCGGUCAUCCUGCCAGGCGACGGCCUCUGCCAAAAAUCAUGGACGGGAACCCAGCUCGGCCUGGAGAGUUUCCAUAUCUCGUUUUACUUGAGGCGUGGCAAGGGGAAGAAUCGACGGGAAGGUACGAACCAAUUUGUGGCGGAGCGAUUUUAAAUCCGACGACCAUCCUGAGCGCGGCGCAUUGUUUUUUAUCCGUGCAUUCGACAAGCUGGCGCGUCGUCGCGGGAGAGUAUGACCUCACCAGGGACGAAGGGACGGAACAGGUCCGCGUCUUGGACCGAAUCGUGCUCCGUGAGGGAUUCGAUUUCGCCACGUACGACAACGACCUCGCCCUCGCCCUCAUCUCCGCUGAUAACCCGCUCCACCUCGACGGCCUCUUCGCAUCCGCCAUUUCCCUCCCGUCGUCCUCCUACGACUCGGAUCUGGUCGGGAAACUCGGUCGUGUCGCGGGGUGGGGCUCCAUGGACGGUUCUGACCUGGAUUUUUCCCCCAUUUUGAACAAGGUCGACCUCCCCCUGCAAUCCGACGAGGUGUGCGAAUCCGUCUGGGGCGGGGCGUUCACGGCGGGACAGAAAUUGUGCGCGGGGACGCUGGCCGGGGGACGGGACACGUGUCACGGAGAUUCCGGCGCCCCCCUCGUGGUGGACGGCGUGGUCGUCGGGAUCGUCUCGUUUGGAGAGGGGUGCGGUCAAGUCGACCGUCUCGGCGUGUACGUCAGGGUUUCGCAUUACGUGAAGUGGAUCCACCAUGCGAUCAGGUUGAUUGAGGAGGAAGGAAAUAAUUUGUAGGGGGGCAAUUCAUGUCAAUCUUUUUUAUAAAAUUUUAAUUAUCUUUUUAUUAUGCACAAAUUCGCGAAUUAGUUUAAUUUGAUAAGUACACAUUGAUAUUAAAAAUAAAAAUAGCAGCUCGUAAUCAAAGUUGUUGACGAGGGAAAGUUUAGCGUAAGAUGUUUAGCGUUUAGCGUUUAAGAUGUCAAUUUAUGUAAAUUCUACAUAUUAAUAAAAUUUUAGUUUACAA